GGGCACAGAGCCUGGGCCGAGGAGAGGGGCCUUAGUCUCCCCAGGUCCCAGGCACGGGCCUGGGGUGCCCUUGGAACCUGCGAAACCCACCUGGAGAGGCUGCAGAGCAACUGCAGACCCUCAGACCCUGUGGGCGUGGAGGUGGUGGCUGCUGUGUGCACAGGCUCUGUGUGUCCUCCUGAGCCUGGGGCACGACUCAGGGUGUCUUCAAGCCCGCUGGCUGCUGCGUGCACCGCGGCGUCCCCUCCAUGAGGUGUCCCCUCCGUGAGUCCGCAGUCAGCUGCGAGACGAGGCCAGCCUCACUCCCGGAGCCUGAGGAAGGUGCUGCCCCCUGACGCCAUGCCUGAGGUCGAGAGAAAACCCAAGAUCACCGCCUCCCGCAAACUCCUGCUGAAGAGCCUGAUGCUGGCCAAGGCCAAGGAGUGCUGGGAGCAGGAGCACGAGGAGCGGGAGGCCGAGAAGGCUCGCUACCUGGCCGAGCGCAUCCCUACACUGCAGACCCGCGGCCUGUCGCUCAGCGCCCUGCAGGACCUGUGUCGGGAACUGCACGCCAAGGUGGAGGUGGUGGACGAGGAGAGAUAUGACAUUGAGGCCAAAUGUCUGCACAACACCAGGGAGAUCAAGGACCUGAAGCUCAAAGUGCUGGACCUGCGCGGGAAGUUCAAGCGUCCGCCGCUGCGGCGGGUCCGCGUCUCGGCCGACGCCAUGCUGCGCGCCCUGCUGGGCUCCAAGCACAAAGUGUCCAUGGACCUGCGCGCCAACCUCAAGUCUGUGAAGAAAGAGGACACGGAGAAGGAGCGGCCUGUGGAGGUGGGCGACUGGAGGAAGAACGUGGAGGCCAUGUCCGGGAUGGAAGGCCGGAAGAAGAUGUUCGAUGCGGCCAAGUCCCCAACCACCCAGUAGAGAUGGCUUCUGCCUCUCUGUCUCUACAGGCAGCUGGUCAAGCUGUGCCCUGGGCUCCCUUCUCACUUCUCCCUCCGGCUUGGCUCACCUACCCAGCCUGCGUCCUGCCUGCACUUCGGAGCAUCCCACCCUGUUCCCUCUCCUCCCCUCCAGCCUGAGUGCCCUCCCGCGGGACUGGGGCUA